CCGCCUGCUGUUCGCCGUGCUCCUGCAGCUGGCCCCAGCCCAGGCCCCUGUCUCCCAGCCUGAUGUCCCUGGCCACCAGAAGAAAGUGGUGUCAUGGAUAGACGUGUAUGCUCGUGCCACCUGCCAGCCUCGGGAGGUGGUAGUGCCCCUGACUGUGGAGCUCAUGGGUACUGUGGCCAAACAACUGGUGCCUAGCUGUGUGACUGUGCAGCGCUGCGGUGGCUGCUGCCCUGACGAUGGCCUGGAGUGCGUGCCCACCGGGCAGCACCAAGUCCGAAUGCAGAUCCUCAUGAUCCGGUAUCCAAGCAGUCAGCUGGGGGAGAUGUCCCUGGAAGAACACAGCCAAUGUGAAUGCAGACCAAAAAAAAAGGAGAGUGCUGUGAAGCCAGACAGCCCCAGGACCCCCUGCCCACGCUGCACCCAGCGCCGCCAGCGCCCUGACCCACGGACCUGCCACUGCCGCUGCCGACGCCGCAGCUUCCUCCGUUGCCAAGGGCGGGGCUUAGAGCUCAACCCACACACCUGCAGGUGCCGGAAGCUGCGAAGGUGACACAUUACCUUUCAGACUCAGUGGGCCACUUGCUUCACAGGCCACACCCCAGUGGGAGAAGAGAAGAGCCUGGGGAGAAGAGCCAGCCCCAAGUCCUGGAAUCUGCUUUAGGACCUGGGCUUCUCAGAGGGCUUUCCUGCCAUCGUUUGUCUCCCGAGGCUGCCAUCUAACAAAGUUGAUGAGGAGAUUUGGCAGCAGCAAGAGGGGUCACAUGCCAGCUUGGGGGGAUGGGGUGUUGCCUCAGUUUUUAACUAACUUGUGCAACUGAGUGUCUUACACCUGGCUCCUGCCUCCCCUAAGAAGACCCCAACCUCUGCAAAUAAUGGGCUUUGAUACAAAAACUGUGACCCCCCCACACCCUGAUAAAAGAGAUGGAAGGAGCUA